GAACUAGAAGCCAGGCAGGAUUCUAUAAAGAAGUAUACAGUGUAUGGAGGCAUGACACAGAAAGAAAUGACAGCAUGGUGGAAGAUAUAUAGUUGUCAUUUGCCAAAUUUUGAUGACAAUCAAAAAAGAGAGAUUGAGGAUGCGACUGGCUGUAUCCCUCUCCUUUUACAUUUUCUGGUGAUAAACCAAACAUCAGAUCCAGAUGAUGCAAUAUCAGAACUUGUGAAAUGUAAAGAAACAUCUACAAUAUUUGAACAUUUGGCUAGAUACACAAAGGACAUCGAAGUCAAAGGUCUUCAGAAAGAAUUUUUGGAUGUAGUCUAUGGUUGUCUUCUCAAUCGACAAAUGUUAUAUCUCUCACGAAAUCACUAUGACAACCGCUAUUUAUAUAUCGAUUCCCAGGGAUUCGGACAUGUUUCCAGUGGUUUCGCGCGGGAUGCCAUAAUUCAUUAUCUUCGUGAAAGUGCACGUGAUUACUUUCUAAGUGAGGCUUGGCGGAAUAUUUUCAUCCAAAUUAAGGAUAAUGCAUCGAUGCUUGGUUUUGCUGUAGAGCAAGCAUGCUUAAGCUAUAUUUCAUGUCAUGGACUACCAGGAGGGGAAUACAAACCUGAUCAAACACUAAUAUUCGAUGGUACUGCGCUUCCUGAGCUGAGUAUGGCAUGUUCCUGCACCUUUUAUGUUCCAAAAAUUUACAACUUCAGAGCCAUCGAUUCCUUGAUUGUAUCUAUCGAUUAUAACAACCGAGAAGCCCACUUCAUUCCCAUUCAAGUUACCAUUGCCGAAAGGCAUUCAGAUUCUGUUACGAAAUUUUUUUCCCUUUGGGAAGCUUUGAUCGAGCCUCUUUGCGAUUUCACCAAGCAUGUUACAUUUUAUUGGAUUACUCAGAAUGAACAAUGGGGUCCUCUGACAGUAAAUGAAGCGAGAAAGUCAUUACGUAAUAACACUUACGUU